AUGUUGGAAUCACUCGUAUCCACUUUACUGAAUAGGUUCCUUGGAGCCUAUGUCUCCAACUUGAACUAUAACCAACUUCAAAUCGGCAUAUGGUCAGGCGAGGUGGUUCUACGUAAUCUAAAACUGAAACGCGAAGCCCUCGAUAAGCUGAAUCUUCCCGUGGAUGUUUUGGAAGGUUAUUUGGGCGAGUUGACGCUCAAUAUCCCAUGGUCCAACUUGAAAGGCAAGCCAGUCAUGGUGGAUAUCAAGGAUGUCUAUGUCCUUGCCGUGCCGAGAAAUGAGUCCACCAUGACGACCGAGGAAUUGCAACAGAGACAAUACGAAGCGAAAAUGCGAAAGCUCGCGAAUGCCGAACUUGUGGAUCGUGGCCGAGCGGUUGAACCUACCGAUAACACCAAGGACGCCCAAAACGAGACCUUUGUAAACCAGCUCGUAACCAAGAUUCUCAACAACUUGCAGUUUUCCAUUACCAAUAUUCAUAUUCGUUACGAAGACGAUGUAUCGGCCCCCGGUCAUCGAUUUGCAGCCGGUAUUACGUUGAGCGAAUUAUCGGCGAUUUCUACAGACGAGAACUGGAUUCCUCAGACCAUCGGAGACGCCGUCAACACGAUUCAUAAGUUGGCUACACUCGAAUCACUGUCGGUGUACUGGAACACCGAUACACGAUCUCUGUCUCAGCUGUCGCCAGAAGAAGCACACAAAACGUUCAUGGAAUUGAUCGCCACCAAAUCCAACAUUCCGUCUGAACAUCAGUAUAUUCUAAAGCCUGUGUCUGGAACGGGAAGAGUUAAAAUGAACAAGAAAUUCGGAUCGGAUGUACCAAAGGGAGACGUGACCAUGUUGUUUGAUGAGCUCGCUUUUGUUAUUGAUGAUGAGCAGUAUCGGGAUGCCAUCUUGAUGAUUGAUUUAUUCCAUUCCUACUUGAAAAAGCAAAAGUAUCAACAUCUGCACCCACCGCGUGCGGUGAAGCCAAAACAAGAUCCUCGUGCCUAUUUUCAAUUUGCGGCAAGAGCCGUUUUAUCGGAAAUUCAAGAGAGAAACCAUCGAUGGACGUGGGAUCACUUUAAAGAAAGAAGAGACAAUCGCCGAUCGUACCUUGAAUGCUAUGUGGCGGAGAAAUUGGGCCGUGCCACCCCGGAUCAGCAGGAUCGCUUGAAUGAACUCGAACACAAACUUAGCUUUGAAGAUAUUCGUUUCUAUCGGAGCCUCGCCAAAAGUCGUCUCAAACGCGAGAAAGCCAUAUUAGCGGCCGAGGAAGAGCGUAAGAAAAAGGAAGCUGCAGCCAAUGCUUCCAAUAAAGGCUGGCUCAGCUCUUGGUGGUACGGUUCAGGGGCAACGACACCAGGCGAACAAGAUUCAGACGAGGACAGCUUGGUGGUGACCGAAGAGCAGAAACAAGAGUUUUACGAUGCCAUUGAAUACGACGAGGAUAAAGUGGCCUUGGCUGAAUCUAUUGAUCUUGCAAAAGAUACCAUCAUGCUUGCGUUGCGUAUGACGCUUAACAAAGGCUCGUUCACUGUUAAAAGAAAACCGCAUAGCGAAAAUCCUGUAGAACUUGUGUCGCUUGUUUUCGAUACCGUCAUGCUAGGCGCUAUUCGGUACGUGGAAUCCUUCAAAGCGACGGCAGCACUCGGUGAUCUGCGACUGUACGAUGGUGUAACGCAAAGCUCGCAGUACCGCCAAUUAAUUGGCGUCAAACAAAAGGAAGAGAAUUCAGACAAACGAUCGAGCGUGGAUCAGCAGAUCUUCAAAUUCUCCAACAUGAACAACCCCUUUUUCUCGGUGGUGUUUGAGCAUAUGCCGUUGGAUGGGCGUGCCGAUAACGCGGUGGCACUCACCAUGCGCAAUAUUGAUAUCGUAUACAAUCCAGUGAUCAUUCGCGAGAUAUUGGAAUUUUUCCGGCCACCGGAAACCAGCGCAGACAGCGUCAAUGCAUUGAUCGAAGUCGCCGGCGAUACCUUUGAAGACAUCAAAAAUCAAACGCGAAGCACCCUCGAAUUUGCGCUGGAACGUCACACCACCCUGGAUCUUCGCGUAGACAUGGAUGCCCCUGUUAUUGUUAUUCCAGAAGACUGCACGUCUUCAAGUUCGCGUGGCAUUGUACUCGAUGCGGGUCACAUCAAUGUGGAGAGCAACUUGGCCGAUCCUCAAGCGGUGGAACAGAUGAAAGCCAAGAAGAAUACGGAGUACACUAGUGAAGACUAUGUUCACUUGCGGUCCAUGAUGUAUGACAAGUUUACUGUUCAUCUGACCCAAACCAAGAUUUUGGUGGGCGAUUCCGUCAAGACGUGCUUGGAGCAAGUGCGAUCGCCCAAACCUGAAUACAACUAUUUGCACUUGGUGGAGCGCAUCGAUAUGACAUUUUUGGUGGAAAUGUGUAUCCUGCGGAAAUCCAAUGAUUUGGCCCGAUUCCGCGUUUCCGGACAUCUUCCGUUACUGGCGGUGAAUUUCUCGGAUACCAAAUACCGAAGCAUCAUGCAGCUCCCCAAACUGAUCGACGACUCUGGGCUUUUCGCCGAUGCGCAGGAGAGCGUUGACAACGAGGAGAAAGACGCAUUGAACGUGCCUGGAAGUGAUCGACGCAUGAGCUUCAUGAAUACCCGGCUUUGGGAACAAGCCGAACGUGAAUUGUUUCUGGAUACCGACAGCGAACAGACUGAAUCGAACGUGGAUGACGACGAAACGACUACUCAGUCACUGACCGAGACGGCCGAUACCGAGAUUUCAUCGCAGCCAGCUACCACGUCUUCUCGAAGCACCAAGGCAAACAAACAGCGAUCCAGUGAUCUUCAACGCAUUUUUGAGCUUAGCUUCAAAGUAGAUCAAGUGACCGCAACAGUCCGCGAAGCCCGCAGAAGAUGGGAUCGGUCAGAGGAUGGGCCUUUGGAAAUCGCAUUGUGUGACUUGUCCUUGCAACACUUGUCGCUUGAUUACUGUCUUCGACCGCACGAUAUGACCGUGAAUCUGGCUCUGAAAUCCUUGGAUGUCGUCGAUCGAAUGGAACAUGGCAACGAAUUCAAGUACCUAGUGACAUCUGACGUUGAAGUGUUGCACAGCGAGGAUCAGGACGUCGACGACGUUCAACAGAAAGAUCUGGUCAAUGUCGAAUAUAUUCGAGUGGAUUCCGAUCAUCAUGCUUACAUUGAAAAGUAUAAGGGGAUCGAUCAGACCGCCAAAGUCACCUUGUCCACAUUGAACUUUAUCGUCACCCGCAGCUCCGUGUUGACGCUUUACAAUUUCGUCCUGAAUACUUUUGUCGACCAAGAAACACCGUCAUCGUCUGCCAUGGCACCGAAACGAGCAUCAGGAGCCAAUUUAUUAUCGGCGGAUAACAAAGACAAGCCACCGCAGGACCGUCGACGAUCGUCAGCGGCUUAUUUACCAGCCGUCUUGCAACCGCAGCCCCAAUCCAGUAGCAGUAUUCACGUUCGUCUGUUGCUCGACAGUGUCAACUUUGUUCUUAACAACGACGGGAUCCGUUUGGCGACUGGAGAAUUGUCGCAUGGUGAUCUUACCACGCUCAUGGCGAAUGGCAAAAUGAAAUUGGCGGCCAAGUUUGCCAACUUUAGUUUGACCGACGAUCUGGGCCAUGGCCAGGGAUCGAAAGACGCUCAAACCCGAUAUACCAAUCAGUUAUUGACUAUCCAAGGUGAAGAACUGAUUGACUUUUCGUAUGAAUCUUUCCUAAAGGACGAUCAUGAUUACCCGGGAUACGAUCAAUCGCUGUUCUUGAGGAUGGGAUCGGCGCAACUCACGUUCCUGGAACGGCCGGUGAUUCAGUUACUCGAAUUUCUGAGCAAGUUUGCUGCUAUGAAAGAGUUCUACGAUCGCGCACGCGAAGCAGCUUUGCAAUCAGCACAACAACUGCAGCAAUCGGUUUCCAAGCUUCACUUUGACAUUAUCAUCAAAACUCCCGUAGUCCUGUUUCCAGAAAUGCACGAACAUCCAUCUGACGUGGUGGUAGCUCACCUGGGCGAGAUUUGGGCGUCCAACUCGUUUGUGGAUGAAGAUGGCGAUUGUAUUAGCAUGAUCCAGGCCGGUAUUCGAGCCAUCAGUCUCACCUCCAAAUUCUACGUCACCUCCAAAGAUUCCGACCGGGCUCGACUGCAGACCCUCCCGAUUGUGGAUGACAUCGACCUUAUCUUUGACAUUAAAAGACCUCAAGAUGACGCCGUGAUGAAACGACCCGAACUGGAUGUCAAGGGAAAAAUUAAGGACGUUUCCAUGAGACUCACGGAGCGUCAGUACGUUUUCCUGAUGGAUGCCAUCAACAUGGUCUCCCGCAUUGUCUCCCCCACCGAAGUAACCGAGGCACCGUCACCGUCCGUCCGUGGCCCUACUUCUCAGUCCACUCUGGAAUCAAACGAUCAGCGUGCGGCAACGGCCAGCAACGAAACCGAAUCGACCAAUCAAGAUGGGGAGGAGGCAGUAGGAAACUUGCCGCCGCGAAUUCACCUGGAUUUCCAUGUGCAAACCAUUUGUCUGGAAGUGUAUAAAGGUAACGAAGACCAGAACGAAUUGCAAACCCCGGCAAGUUUGGCGCGUAUUGCUCUGAACGAUUCGUCCUUGCAGCUUGACAUGCUGAAAAAUGACACCAUGAAACUCAACUUGCAAACCGUAUCAUUGACCCUUGAUGAUACACGUCCCAAUAUCAAGAGCAAGUUUAAAGAGAUCAUGCCUGCCAUGGACAAUGGUCACCAAUUCGAGCUGCAAAUGGAUAUUUCCAAACCGGAUCCGAACCGUCACGCCAUCGCAUUGAUCACCAUCAACGACCCUAAAGUGAUCUUGUCACUCGAUCACACGUUUAUGCUGAGUACGUUUGCCAUGAAACCGUUCACGAAUCGGGCCUUACCGUCGUCCUCGAACCAACCAUCGGAUCAAUCUACCCCACCUCCAGCUGGCAACGAAGGAUCCAUGGAGAUUUCAUUCCGCUUAAAUGUCAUUAAUGCCGAUUUUGUAUUGCUCGCCAAUCCCGAUGCCAGUGAUUCCGAAGCGGUGGUUCUGUCAGCGGAACAAGUGAUGAUUUCCCAGCAAACGGUGACAGCGAUUGUGGUCAAACAGAUGGGCAUGUUCCUUUGUCGUAUGGAUACGCGUAAAAUGUCGACAUUACGUUUUAUACAGCCGUUUGAUAUCUCGCUGUCAAUGAAUAACAACAUGGGUACCGGGGACCAGCAAACCAACCAAUCGAUGGAACUAGAAAUGGAUGUGGAUGCCUUGGUGCUGCGUCUGUCCUAUCGUGAUGUGAUGCUCAUCACCGAUAUUUUCAACAAGGCAUACGAACUGUACAACGGAAGCAUUGGUGCCACUACUACGGAUGCGGCUUUGGAUUCUUCCCCGGCAUCGGCCAGUGUUCUUAAGACUGGUCUGAAAGAGCUACCUCCGGUUGUGCAUGCUGCCAAACAGACACUGUCGCGUGAAUCGCUUCGUGCAGCGUUCCACGGUAUGCAGGUGAUCCUCAUUGAGGAUAUCCAUGAAAUGCCCAUGGUCGAUAUGACAUUAAAACCGUUUGAUGUGGACGUGACAAAUUGGUCCCGAUCGUUGGCCGCCGAUGUGUCUUUUUCAGCCUACGUAAAUUAUUUCAACAUCAAGAACUCUCACUGGGAACCCUUGAUCGAGCCAUGGGAUUUCAAGAUUGAAGUCGCCAAGAAGAGCACACGUCCACAAGAUCCACUUAAUGUCAAGCUCAUUUCCAACACUGCGCUGAAUGUGAAUGUUACGCACACCUUCCUGGAAAGUGCGCUUGCCACCGUUCAUUUAUGGCAUAAACGAAAUGAUCUUGCAUAUAGCGGUGAACGUGGUACCAUUGCUCCGUAUAAGCUUCGCAACCGAACUGGUUAUCAACUUCAUCUGUGGAACUCCGGCGAUCCUAACGGUGAAACCGUGAUCAAAGAGCUCAAUGAUGGUGAAGAUAUGCCCUGGUGGUUCGAAGACUGGAAAAAGCGUCGCGAGACUACCACAACCAGCAACAACUUGCUGAAUGUUCAAUUGGAUGGAGCUUUGUGGGAAAGUUUGCGAAAUAUUCCUGUAGAUACCGAAGGCGAACACAUUUACGCUUUGCGUCCUGUGAUCCAUGAUGUUCAGCAUCGCGUUAUCUUUGAUGUCAAACUGGUCGACAAUCUAAAAGUAGUGACCAUUCGUUCGGCCUUGGUGAUCGAAAAUCGAACCCUGCUUCCUGUAGAUGUCCUUCUCGUCGAUGCUCGAGGGAACCCAGAACGCUCUUUCAAGAAAAUCGCACCGGGCGAGGAUUAUCCUAUUCCCAUCGAAAAGGCAUAUCAUAAUCGUUUCAGUAUUCGCCCGGAUGCGGGCUUCGGUUACCAAUGGACAAACCAAACACUGCACUGGAAGGAUUUUGCGCGUCCCAAGACAAGAACCAACAUUGUCAAGUGUACAAGCAAGGAAAACGAUAUGGCUCCCUUCCUAUUCCAAGUGAAUGCAAUUUUGGACAAGAAGAAUAUCUUGUUUGGACACUAUCCUGUCAUGUCGAUCCGACUGAGCGCACCGGUGGAAAUCGAAAACCUGCUACCCUAUGAUUUCAACUUUCGGGUGAUUGAUCGUACAGCUGGACAAGAAUUUAGUUCUUUCCUUCGCAAAGGAGGAGUGACACCGAUCCACGUUAUCGAGAAUGGUCACUUCCUCUUGUUAAGCGUACAAAUGCCAGAUACAAAAUAUAAAGCAAGCGAAUUCGCGAUUAUUAGUACCCGAGGAUCGGAUGACUUUAACGUGGAAGACUCCCUGCAAUUUGAAGGGCCCAAUAACACGCGAUUGUCACUCCGAAUUAGUGCCAUAGAUGUUCCUGAUUCCGGCGGUGCGCGCAAGUACAGUAUCUACUGUCCUUAUGUGAUCAUCAAUAAAACAGACAGUAUGAUUGCUUUCAAGGCCAAACCAGCUUGGCAGAGCGCCAUGUUUCAAGGUUCGCAUGACACUGUCGUCUGCCGUCCAAGUAGCAAGGCGGAACCUUUCAUGUACUCGUAUCCCAAGCAUGACAACCGAAACCGUUCUCUGAUUCAGGUGGCCGGUUCCGAAUGGAGUCAGCCUUUGAGUUUUGAAGCGGUAGGCAGUGUGUAUGAUGUGGCGAUGCCGACCCCCAACAAAGCCGAAGAAGUACACGUUGGCAUCAGUAUUCAGGAAGGCCACGGCAAGAACAAACUAUCAAAAGUCAUUACGUUCACACCUCGCUUUAUUCUGAGCAAUCAUAUGGACGUCGAGAUUCGAUUCCGCGAACCAGAGUCACGAGUUGACCAUUCGUUGGCCCCUAAGCAGAGAAUCCCCUUGUAUAAUCUUCGUCGCAUUGCUGACAAACAGCUCAGUGUCAAACUGCCCGGCAUAAGUAACACCUGGUCGGCGCCGUUUAACAUCCAGGAUAUCGGCAAGGUGCAUGUGCGAUUGGAUAGUGCUGAUGGUUCGACGGCCAUGUUGAUGAGCGUUACUACCAUUCUGCAAGAUGCUACUAUCUUUAUCCUGUUGAACAAGGAAAGCAGUGACAAAUGGCCAUACAAGCUUGUCAAUCAGACCAAAGAAGAUAUGACAUUUUAUCAAGAAGAUCCCGUUCUGCUGCGUGACGAUUAUAGUGAACCUCGAGCGCGCAGCCAUCGUACGCGACGCUAUCGCUUACCUGCGGGACAAUCCGUAGUUUAUUCCUGGGAUAUGCCCGCUGUGAAAGAUAAGAGGAUCAUCUUGAAUAUCAAUGGUCACGAACGAAGCAUCAACUUGCAAGAGAUCGGUAGUCAACCACCUUUCCAGCAUACUACUAAAAGCGGUGGUAAAGCGAUCACUUCGAUUGAUAUCCGAACCAAAGGCACUAUGCAAAUUCUUCAGCUGACGCCGUUUAACCAGCAACAAAGUUAUUUCCGUCCAUUGCCUUCUCGUUCGUCUAGCAUGGCAUCGAUGACUACCAAAGACACCGCUGCCCGAGAAGGAUUUGAAGCAAUCGAUGUCAAACUGGUCUUUAACUUUGUAUUCCAGCUGCAGCUUUCACAGAUUGGAUGCUCCCUGAUCAACAGGCAACUUCAGGAAAUUGCCUACAUCACAUUCAGAGGAUUCGAUAUCAAGUUUACCGAUUCCAAUAUGUAUCAAUCUGUGCGUUGGAAUAUCGAAUGGGUGCAAAUUGACAGUCAGAUAUACGGCACCAUGUUCCCUAUCCUUCUUUAUCCUACGAAUAUGACCAAGGAAACCAACCACGAAAUCUUGCCAACCUUGCAAAUGGCCUUGGAUAGAGUCAAGGAUGAUUCUCAUGGCGUGCUCUAUUUCAAAUACUUUUCCAUUCUCUUGCAAGAAAUGAGUGUUGAAAUUGACGAAGCGUUUAUUUACGCGAUUAUCGAUUUCACGCAUGUGGAUGUUCCAGGCUGGAACGAACCCGCUGAGAGCAGCGAACUCUGGGAAUACACCACCGAGAUUCCUGAUGUAAAGCCUACCGAAGACAUUGCGCAAUUGUAUUUUGAAGUCCUCAGUAUUCAGCCGAUUCGUUUCGAUCUUUCCUUUUUGCGUACCGAUCAAGUGAAUAUUGUCGAUGAAAGACCUCAAGGAAGCUCUCCUUUGAUGUUCUUUAUCAAUGUAUUGACAAUGGCCAUUGGUAACAUCAACGCUGCUCCUAUGCGAUUUAAUGCACUUGCUGUGGAAAAUCUGAGAGCAAGCGGACCGGAUCUGGCCAACCGUGUCUUUAUCCAUUACAGCGAUCAAUUCGUUUAUCAAGUGCACCGAAUGCUUGGUUCAGCCGAUUUCUUGGGCAAUCCUGUGGGCUUGUUUAACAAUCUCAGUUCAGGUGUAGCCGAACUCUUUUAUGAGCCUUGGCAAGGUCUGAUUAUGAGUGAUCGUCCUCAAGAUCUUGGCAUGGGCAUCGCAAGGGGUUUCAGCGGGUUUGUCCGCAAGAGUGUUUUCGGUGUUUCGGAUAGCUUUACGAAAUUUACUGGCAGCAUCAGCAAAGGUCUGUCAGCUGCCACGAUGGACCGCGAGUAUCAAGACAAACGACGUAUGACCAUGGCCAGAAACAAACCGCGUCAUGCCCUGGGCGGCGUGACUCAAGGUGCCAACUAUUUUGCCAACAGUCUUGCUAGUGGUGUCGCCGGUCUUGUGACUCGACCAAUUGAAGGUGCGACCAAGGAAGGUGUCGGCGGGUUCUUCUCCGGUGUAGGAAAAGGACUCAUGGGCGCUGUGACCAAACCUGUUGUAGGUGUGUUUGAUCUCGCAAGUAAUGUUUCGGAAGGUAUCCGGAACACUACAACGCCUAGUGACACCAACGAUAUUGAGCCGAUCCGUCUGCCGCGAUUUAUCGAUCAAGAUGGCAUUUUAAGACCGUAUUCUGCAAAAGAAGCGCAGGGUCAAAGUUGGCUCAAGGAUGUGGAUGGCGGCCGAUAUGCACAAGAUGCGUAUAUUGCGCACUGUUACGUCCAGAGCAAUGAGCGUGUGGCGCUAUUAUCUUCCCAACGUGUGAUGUUGAUCAGAACGCGGCGUUUAUCGCUUGAAUGGCAGGAACCAUUUACGGAGAUUCAAACGAUCAAGUGUGAAGCGACGGGUAUCGCAAUUUAUCUGCGAAAUAUGAGCCAGGAACCGUUCCUGGUGAUUGCCGAUAAAAAAGCGCGCGAAUGGUUCUUUAAAAAAAUUGAAGAAGCCGUCAUCAAGUAUAACGCCGCGCGAUGCCUCGAAUAA